AUGUUGGAAAAUGUAGUGGCGUGGGUUCUUAACAAUUAUAUUGGAGAAUAUUUGGAAGAUUUAAACACUGACCAGCUCUCUGUUGCACUUUUAUCCGGACAAGUGGAAUUAGAAAAUGUUCCACUCAAAAAGACAGCUCUCAGAAAGUUGGAUUUACCAUUGGAAGUUAAAUCUGGACUUCUUGGAAAACUUACUCUUUCGGUUCCAAUCACACAUAUCCGAUCAGAACCAUGGACUCUGAAACUCAGUGAUGUACUUAUUAUUGUCGGUCCUCUAUCAGGAGAAAAACGAUAUGAUGUGGAAGCAGUUGAGCAAGUGGAGCAACAGAAAAAAGAACAAAUGCUCGAAGAACUUGAAUUGAGGCACAAAACAUCAUUGUUCGAUUUAUGUGGAAUCCCAAUUCCAGAAUCUCAAGAUUCGUGGUGGGGUGCAUCGUUAAUAUCGACAGUUCUGAAUAAUAUUCAAUUGAUUCUGAACAAUGUACAUAUCCGAUACGAAGAUAAUACUACGAUUCUUGGACAGACGUUCAAUUGUGGCAUAAGAAUUCAGAAAAUGACUAUGCAAACGACGAAUCACCAUUGGAAGCCUGGGUUUGCUGAACCACAAAAAGGAACAAAUACUUUCAAAAAGUUGGAUUUGACGGGCUUUAGCAUUUAUUGGAAUUCCAAUUCAACGAUGACUGAAAACAUCGAUGAUUCUAAACAAUUGAAGCAAAUUCUUGCUCCUGAAUCAUCGUCAAAUGCAUACAUUAUUCAACCAUGCAGUGCUGAACUGAGAAUGGAAAAGAAUUCGAGCAAGUUUCCAUUGAAAGCGAAAGUUCCAAGAUUCAAGUUUUUCAUGAGACCUGAUAUACUAGGUCUAGAAUUGACAAGACACCAAAUGACAGAGUUGAGAGCUGUAAAUCGAGAAUGGGCGCGAUUCGAAAGAGCAAGACAACAUCGGAAAUGGAGACCAUUAUGUACAAUUGGAGAAAACGCAAAAGAAUGGUGGAAAUUCGCAUAUAAUCGAGUACUCGAAGAAAGUCGAAGAACCAAUGCCAAUCGAACGUGGGAGUUCGCUCACGAAAGGGCGGCUCGUUUCAAUUCGUACUGUAGAGCUUAUCGCAAACGUCUAAUCGGCCUAAUUGCCAAUCCGAAUGCAAUUCAGCCUACAACCACCACCAAUUUUUCUGCAUCUUCGUCUAAUACGGCAACAUCAAAUGCUCUUGCAGUCGUUCCAACUUCAUCCACAAAUGGAACUUCAGCUACCUCCACACAUCUAGUUGAAAGUACGGCGAUAAUGAAGCAAAUCGAGCGAGAUGCACAAUAUACGUAUCAUGAGUUGCAUCUCUUCAGAGAAACAGUAUUUAGGAAAUUACUAAGAGAAAAAGAGAAAGAACUGGGCAUUACUGCCGCUAUUCCUGAUGCCGAAGAGACAUUCGAAACUUUGGAACCGCCUCCUGACGAAAUCAUAGUAGAAGAGCCUACCGUACCUACUGAGCCAGUUAGUGGUGGACUUUAUGGAUGGAUUACCGGAUUUUUCGGACAAGCUCAACAAGAUGAAAAACAAGAAGAAAAUAAGUUCGAUUUUGGCAACGUCGAUGUUGGAGAGCUGAAAGAAAUAAAUGUAAAAGAAAUGGAAGACGAGAUUCUCGAUGUUCUUCACGAGUCAUGGGAUGAUUCAACUCUUCUUCGAAGGGAUGCUUUACUGGCUCAGAUUUCGUUAAGGUUAGAGCAUUUGACGCUUCGAUUUGUUGAUGCUGAAGUGCACGAUGGAAUCGAACAACAAAGAGUUCUUGCUUUAGAAUUAUCAGGAGUCAGCUCUCGAUGGGAGCUCAGUCCAAAGCAACACUAUGUUUCAGUGGAUGUUACAGUUAACGAUAUGAGUGUUCAACGUCUUCGUUCUGGACACCCUCGACCGAAAAGCAAGCUUGCAGAGCUGUCCGAAUCUCUCCUAUAUUCAACUGCGGAAAGUACAAAAAUGCUGUUAACAGUUGGUAGAGAUGGAGAAGAUAUUUUAACAACAAAAGUGCCAAUGUUCAGUAUGCAUUAUAUUCGAAGAUCGCCAAGACUGAUCGUGAAACAUAUAGUCAACUGUCGUCUCAGACCUGUCAGCAUUGUUUAUGAAGAAGGAGCUCUCGAUGGAUUAUCUACUCUGUUUUCUGAUGAUCCAACGGUUUUCAACGAGAUUCUGAAAAAGGCCCAAUCUGUUGGGUCGGGUGAAACUGAUGACGAAUUGGUUGAUGUUAAAAUCAGCUCUGAGAAUGUCUCAAUUAUCGAAUCUCAUGUUUCUGUUAAUUUGACGCUCCCUGCAGUACGAAUGGAAGUCAGAGGAAGAGGAUGGACUAAACGGGAAACUCGAGCUUCUACGAUAUGGGAACCAGGAGAACCGAUUGCCUGUUUGAAUGCUGAGGGACUUGAUUUCAGUGUCAUUUCAAAAGAACAACACUUGACAAAUCUGAAACUUGCUAUUGGACACGUGGAAAUGAGAGAUAUGAUCGAGAAUACAUCAUACCCAUUGUUCACAACGUCUUCUCAAGUAUCCCAAAUGAAAUCAAUAUCCAAUUCGUGCCCAGAUCUUCAUAAGUCCAAUAAUAAGCCCCAUUCACGAGCAUCAAAAUCCGAUCAUAAUUAUCAGAAUCCCAUCGUGUCAUCUUCUGUCCCUGAUGAAUCAUUUGCAGAUUAUGUGAAACCAUUGAAUCUGACCACAAUGACAAUUACAUCUGCCACUUCAAUCGACAAUCAUGUCUUGACAAGUGCGGCGACGCCCCCUAUUCCGACGACUUCUGGAGUUAGUAGUCUGAAGCCAGAGAUGACGAUUAAGAUGGCCUAUGUUGACAAGAUGCAUACGCAAUUCGAAAGGAAGUAUAAAAAGGUAAAUAGGUAA